AGUAUGUCUUCCAAUGUGUUAUGUGUUAAAAAAGUAGACUUAUCUUAGAUAAAAGUGCUGUGUAAUCCUUUGAUAUCUGAUAUAUUUAGGAAACGCACAGUGAAGUAUUUUAUUAUAUUUUAAAUAAUUUCAUCAAAAUUGGAAGUAUAAAUAUUUGUAAGAAUUAUAUAAUAUUAAAGAUUUCUUCAAAUAAGUUUUCAAACGUUUAUUUGAUAAUACAAUAAAAUUAUUAACAAAUUUUUCAAAAAAUACAUAAGUAAAUUAAAAACAUAAUAAAAAUAUAUAAUGUAUUAUUUUUAAUUUUAAAGAAGGUAAUAAUUAUAUUAUAUAAAAAUUGUUAAGUAUAUAUUUAUAUAUAUAUAAGAGAAAUAAUUCUUUACAAAUUUUAAACAUUAUUAGUAUUUUAUUAUCAGCCAGAUGAAUACAGUUGACAAAGCUAGUGAUUCUACUGAAAGUAUAAAUGGACAUAAAGUACAUAAUGUGGAAGAAAUUCAAAUACCUGUACCAUGGGGUUACUUAAGCGGCAAAUGGUGGGGACCAAUGGAUCAACAGCCCAUAGUAGCAAUACAUGGCUGGCAAGAUAAUGCUGGAACAUUUGAUAAAUUAAUUCCAUUAUUACCAUCAAAUGUAGCCAUUCUAGCUAUAGAUUUGCCAGGUCAUGGUCUAUCUUCCCAUCUUCCUAGUGGACAAUUUUAUUAUGUAUUUUGGGAUGGGCUUGUUAUACUACGUAGACUUGUUAAAUAUUAUAACUGGAACAAGGUCAAAUUACUUGGACAUUCCUUAGGAGGGGCAAUAUCAUUUUUAUAUGCUGCAUUUUAUCCUGAUGAAGUGGAAUUCAUGAUAAGUUUAGAUAUUGCAAGUCCUAGUGUAAAAGACACGGCAAAAAAUGUUGCUAUACUUAGUGAUAGUAUUGACAAAUUUUUAAAGUAUGAAUUGCUACAAUCUGAUAGUAUUCCAUCCUAUAGUUAUGAUGAAGUGCUUAGCAUUGUUGAAGAUGCUUAUAAAGGUUCCAUAACUAGAGAAAGUGCCAUAAUAUUAAUGAAACGUGGUUUGCGACCUGCCAAUGAAUCCGAACGAUAUUAUUUUUCACGUGAUCCGCGAUUAAAGGUUUCUGCAUUGGGUACAAUAUCUUUAGAUAUGGUACUUGUAUAUGCAACUCGGAUAAAGUGUGCUUACCUUAAUAUUCGUGCUAUACCUGGAUUGAAACUUGAUUAUCCUGAAUCUUAUGAUAAAGUUUUAGAUCAAAUAAAAAUAGGUGCUAAAAGAUUUGAAUAUCAUAAAGUAGAAGGAACUCAUCAUGUACAUUUAAAUUAUCCUGAAAAAAUUGCACCUAUAAUUAACAGUUUUAUAAGUACUUAAUGAUAAGCAAAAUUUAGAUAUAAACUGAUAGGGGUAAGAUAGCAAGUGUUAAAUUAGAAAAGUUAGUUUUUUGCAAGCUAUAUUAAAUGUAUAUAGAAAUAUUUAAUUUAAACAUAUAAUUAUUUUAGUACAUCUAUACAUUCUCUAUGUGUACAAACAAUGAAAAUGUAUUAUGAUAUUACAUUAUCUUAUGUACUUCCACAAUACUUGUGCUUCAAAUUAUUGGAUUUAAUUUAUUAAUUAUAUUACAAACUAUAAUUUAUUAAAAAUCAUUAUUUUUUUAAAAUAAUUAAAAAAUAAUAUAUUUUCUUAAUUUAACCAAAUUUUUUCAUUUAUAUUUAUAUUAUAAUUUUUUCAUAUUUUUACAAAAUAAUAUUAAGAAAUAAUUACAUAUCACAACUUUGAAAAAAGACCAUUCCAAAGAUAUAGUGUCACUAAAGUAUUCUACUAACCAUAGAUAAAAUUACGAUUUUUCCUUUUUCAGUUUGUUUAAAAAUGAGUCAUAACUUAAAAAUAUCUUAAAAGUAAUAAAUGAUACUACUUACAAGGCCAAUGAACGAUGUUUUUAUAAAAUUUAAUGGUAUAUAUUAUUUUAAUGGAUAUUACAUUUGGUAACCAACAACGAUAAUGCAUUAAUGUUUUACUAAUGCAACACAGUUAUAUCAAUGUGUAUUUUAUGCAUAACUCGGCGAUAAAUGACUUCAAAGCGAUACAUGCUAUCAUUUCGUACUACUUGUAUUAACUUCUUUUUAUAGUUUUACUAAAAAAUACGAUUGAUAUUAUAUUCAAAUAUAAUUUAUUUAAAGAAAAUCUAAUUGUUUAUGUUUGUAUGUUUAUUUAUUGUAAUAAAUAGUUGCAAUUAAAAAUGUCUCAAAAUUU